CCCCUCUCUUGCUGCUCCCUGACCAUGGCCGACAUCAAGUCUGAGUAUGCUGCGCUGAAGCAGGUGAUUCUGUCGCAGUUUUCCAAGUUUGAAAGCGCGCUCGAUGGCAUGGGGAUGCCCGAGGUCACUUCUUCGGACCUCCAUCCGCUCGACGACCCCUCGCUGCUGGUCUCGAAGGACUUGUUCGACGCCAGAUCGCAGCUCGUGGCUGCGCUGGGACAGAUGUCCAGUCUGGUCCAGAACCCAGCCGAGCAUCUGCUAUCGGAGUCGUUGGCCCACCACACUUCAGCCGCCUUGAGCUUCAUUGCCGAGACUGGCAUAGCAGAUGUCAUCGAGUCGUCGCCCGAACGCCAGCUUCACGUCGACGAGAUUGCCAAGUCGAUCGACAGUCACCCAGCCCGUGUCUCUCAUGCACUUCGACUACUGGCCCAUGACGGCAUCUUUGCAGAGGUCCGCGAGGGGACAUUUGCCAACAACCGCUCAUCGAAGCUGAUCCUCGGCGCCAGUCCCAUCAAGCAGUGGAUUCGAUUUCAGACGUGGUACUCCCUCGGCUACUCCAGCAAGGUGGCCGAGACCUGGAAAGAUCCGGCCAAGUCCAAGUCCUUUGAGCAAAUCGACUCGGCCGCCAAUGCCGCUUGGCGGUAUUCCGACAAGGGCUACGGCGACUUUUGGGAUUGGGUCGGCCACGAGCACCUGCCGUAUGCCAAUGCCUUUGCAGAUGCGCUCAAGGGCAUCGGCAGUAUCGGUGUUCUGGGUAUCCUAGCCGACUAUCCCUGGGAGUCGAUACGGCCCGGAGGCGUCGUCGUCGACGUCGGUGGGGGCCCUGGACACAUGCUCUUGCCGAUCAUCAAGAAUAAUCCAACGCUCAAAGGCGUGCUUCAAGACCGCGAAGAGAUCGUGCCGGCGGCAAAAGAAAACUUCGACAAGAACCUGCCUGGGGCGGAUGUUGAAUUUGACGCCGUCGACUUCUUUGAGGUGCAGCCGCGAAAGCAGGCGGACAUAUACAUGCUUCGCUGGAUCCUGCACGACUGGUCUGACGAGCGUGCUGUGGCCUUGCUGAAGCAGCAGGCCGCUGUCAUGGGUCCUAACUCCAAGAUCAUCAUCAUCGAUGCCCUCAUUCCUCCGGCCACUCGUGCUGCUGCCCAAGAUCCAUCUUACCCCCUCCUUCAAUCGAGGUCGCAGGCGUCUAAUUUGGUCUUACGGCUGGACUUCGAGAUGUCUGCCAGUCUGCAGGCAACAGAACGUACUCUGACUGAGUUCGACACGCUAUUUACCAAGGCCGGCCUCAAGAUUACCAACGUAUAUCGACCUCGGUCACCGCAAGCGCUAUUAGAAGUGAUGCUAGCAUAAGUUUCACGCGCAAGUAGCAGCAGAAAUGAUAGUAGAGCGUUGCAGCUAUAUAGAAGCUUGCAUCCUGCAACGCCUGUAGUCCUU